AUGGCUGCCUCCAAGGCUCAGGAUGCCAUUGCCCCCGUUGAUCGCGCGUCAGACGAUCACCGGGACUCGUCGUCUGUGGCCAAGAUUGUGGAAAAUGCAAAGGCGGCCACGGAUAAGGAGCAGAACAUGACCCUGCUGCAAGGGAUCAAACUCUAUCCGAAGGCCGUCGCAUGGAGUAUCCUUAUCUCCACGUGUAUUGUCAUGGAGGGCUACGACAUCAGUCUGAUCAACAAUUUCUACGCCUUCCCGCAAUUCAGCAAAAAGUACGGCGAGCAGAUGGCCAACGGAGACUACGAAGUUCCGGCCAGGUGGCAAGCAGGUUUGAGUAACGGUGCUUAUGUCGGCGAAAUUAUCGGUCUUUUCAUCAAUGGCUGGGCUUCGGAACGCUUCGGAUAUCGUUAUACCAUCAUCGCCUGCCUCAUCUUGAUCACGGCAUGGACCGCCAUCUUCUUUACCGCCCCGAACGUCCAGGCUUUGCUCGCUGCCGAAAUCCUCGCCGGAAUCCCAUGGGGCGUCUUUCAAACCCUGACCGUCACCUAUGCCUCCGAAGUCUGCCCCGUUGCACUGCGAGGUUACCUCACGACCUAUGUUAAUUUCUGCUGGGGCCUGGGACAGCUGAUUGGCGUCGGUGUGAUUUCGGCCAUGAUCGACCGGGACGACGAAUGGUCCUAUCGAAUCCCGUACGGUCUCCAAUGGAUGUGGCCUCUUCCCCUCCUCAUUGGAAUCUUCCUCGCUCCCGAAUCGCCAUGGUGGCUUGUUCGGAACGGUAAGACGCAAGAGGCGAAGAAAUCCUUGUUACGAUUGACCAGUGUCCGACGAGACAACGAAUUCGACGCCGACGAAACAAUCUCGAUGAUGGUCCACACUACGGCAUUGGAAGCGAAGAUCACGCGAGGUGCCAGCUACGCGGAUUGUUUCAAGGGUACCGAUCUACGGCGAACGGAAAUUGUGUGCAUGGUUUGGGCCAUUCAGAACCUCAGCGGAAACUCCUUCUCCAACUACUCCACCUACUUCCUCAAGCAGGCCGGCUUGGACACGUCAAAAGCCUACGCCUUUGCCAUGGGCCAGUACGGUAUCAACAUGGCGGGCGUGUUCGGCGCAUGGUUUCUCAUGACCCUGGGAAUCGGCCGUCGGGCCCUCUAUCUAUACGGUCUCUGCGGUCUCUGCGUCAUGUUGAUUGUCAUGGGAUUCCUCGGCCUAGUCCCCGAUGAGCACCGAACGCAGGCGUCCCUUGCCACAGGAUCCAUGAUGGUCAUCUGGGCCUUGUUCUACCAACUCACCGUCGGCACGGUGGCCUAUUCGCUCGUGGCCGAGCUGUCCACCCGACGACUUCAGAUCAAGACCGUCGUCCUCGGCCGCAACCUGUACAACAUUGUCGCCAUCAUCUGCGGAGUCUUGACGCCGUACAUGCUGAACCCCGGCGCAUGGGACUGGGGCAACUACGCCGGCUUCUUCUGGGGAGGCCUCUGCUUCUGCUGCAUCAUCUACACGUAUUUCCGGGUGCCCGAACCCAACGGCCGCUCCUUCGCCGAGCUGGACGUGCUCUUCGAGCGGGGAAUCAGUGCCCGCAAAUUCUCCAGCACGCGGGUCGACGUCUUCGACGAAACCAUCGAGGGCCGCGUGGUCGACGAGUAUCGCACCCAGAAGCCGGCCCCGACCGACACCGCCGGGCUGGAGAAGCAAGCUUGA